CGAAGGUUGCAGCUGGGGCAGCACUUAGCAGUUGUUUUGUGCAUUUCCUAAUUUUGCGCAUGUAGGGACAACAGUCAUUGAGGAAUGUAAUCCACAAUGCUAGUUCUCAGGGUGCUCAAUGUUGUUGCUCCAGCCUACUUCCUGUGCAUCUCCUUAGUGACCUUCGUCCUCCAGCUCUUUCUCUUCAUCCCCAGCAUGUUCAAAGACCCUUCCACCACCCCACUUUUCUCUCCUGCUCUGCUGCAUGGGGCCCUCUUCCUCUUCCUCUCAGCUAAUGCCCUGGGGAACUACAUCCUUGUGAUACAGAACUCCCCUGAGGACCUUGGCAAGUGCCUGAACUCGGGCGGAGGAGCCGAAGUGGUGGCGGACCGGCCGGACAGAAGCAGGUCCCCUUGCUCAGCCUUGCCCAGCACCCACUUCUGUAGACUGUGUGCCAGAGUCACCCAAAGGCAUGACCACCACUGUUUCUUCACAGGGAACUGCAUCGGGAGCAGGAACAUGCGGAACUUCGUCAUGUUCUGCCUCUACACCUCCUUGGCUUGUCUCGACUCCCUGGUGGCAGGGCUGGCUUACAUUUCUGCAGUGCUCUCUAUGUCCUUUGCAAACCCACUGGCCUUCCUCACCCUCCUGCCUCACUCCAUCAGCCAGUUCUUCUCAGGAGCUCUCCUUAGCUCUGAAAUGUUUGUCAUUCUCAUGCUGUACCUCUGGCUUGGAAUUGGACUUGCCUGUGCUGGCUUCUGUUCCCACCAGAUACUGUUGAUCUUACGAGGGCAAACUCGCUACCAGGUGCGGAAGGGGAUGGUGGUAAGAGCCCGGCCCUGGAAGAAGAACCUGCAGGAUGUCUUUGGGAAGAGGUGGCUAAUAGGACUUCUCAUUCCUAUACUAAAUGUGGGAAGUGACUAUCACAGGCAUAAAGACAAGUAACUCUCCACAACACAUACACACUGAUAUACCCCUACUUUCUCAUACUCUGCUGCAACAUGGCAAAGUUGGGAUAUUCCAUCUCUCAGUACUGCAGACUCUGGGGGGAAGGGAUUGGCUAGCAAACUGAACAGAAAUAAGGGAUUGUCUUUCUGUUCUGUGCUUGUACAGUGCCUAGCACAAUGGGGUCCACAUCCAUGACUAGGGCUCCUAGCCGCUAUGUUAAUACAAAUAAUAAAUAUUAAUAAGGAGAUCACAAACCAUGUAGAUGAAGAGAUACUGCCGCUUUGUAGACACAUCACUGCACCUGUGUACAUGGCAACAGUCUCUGUACUAUUAGAAAAAUAAUAUUCAAAUCCUCCUUUAGGCUCCUUUCUCACUCUUUUAUCUCCCCCCUCUCUCUUGCUCUCUCUCUUAUCUAACCUAUGCCUUCUCCCACAACUGGCAGCAGGAUCCUUCUCCAUUUAGCUGAUAGUCCAUGCUAUCAUGACUAGAUUGUAAGCAAAGUAUAUGUUCCUGUGGGGGGUUUCCAAGUUGGAGCUUUAUGAAGCAAAGUGACCUGAGACAGAAAGAAGCAUUUAACAAUGAAACUUUAGUGCAGCCAAACCCUCUAGGAAGAGGCUGCUAGGAAGGCAGAGAGAGUCUAGUCUCAAUUGACUAGAAAUUAGGGAUGGAAAGGACUUAUUAGGUCUCUUGAUCUCCAAUUAUUCUUGAUCUCUUUCCUUCGUAUGAAGGGAUAGCAGCUAAUAGACUGACCAUGAGGCCUAUCAGGAUUGCAACUCUAUUGGCUGCUUCUCAGAGUAUUUCUUCUUCAGCUCCCCACCCCCAACCCUUGCCUUAUGACACAGUCCAUGGCACAAUUGUCUAUCCCGCUCCAAGGACCAGCAAGCGGAUCUAAUAAUGGACCUUGGAUCAAAUAAGGCAGAGAUACAAGGAAAGAAAACUGUGAGCAUGAAUGGAAAAGAUGCAUUUGAGAGUUGGGCUGUGUGUGAGUGAUUGUGUGACAGAGGUAGGCUGGGGGUGACUUGCGUGAGUGAGUGACAGAAAGUGCAUGCACACAGACUGGGCUGGCAGGAGAGUGUAAGUGGCAGCAUUUAAAUGUACAUCCUGAUGUAGCACACAGUCAAAGAUGGUUCGUCCAUGUUGAGUGGUGUUCAGAGUUCAGACCUCACUGGAAGACCGUGGGGUUCUCCAAAGACCGUGACACUUUGCUAUCAUUUUGUAGUAGUAUUAAAAAUUAACAAAAUUAUUACCUCAAACAUUCCUGCCAUACCUUUGCCAUAGGCUCUUCAGAGGUUCUCAAACUGGGGGGGCAUGGAAUGUGUUCUGGGGGGGCAUGAGAAGCUUUAGGGAAAAAAUUACUGCGCAUAUUCAGAGCUGGGUGGCCAGAGAGUGGUGGCCAUACCCAGAGCCGCCAAGAGCAGGUUCGGGCCCCGGUGAAAAUUUUUUUUUGGGCCCCCCAGCAAGGGCAGACUGGCUAAACAGGGCCGACAAGAGGGAGGGGGGAAGCUGGCCCCCGGACCCCCUUCCGUACUGCCAGGCCCCAGUAAUUUGUACCGGCUUCCCCCACCCCCUUGUCAGCCCUGGCCAUACCAUAUCAUGCCAUCCUUACUUCUGCGCUACUGCUGGCAGCAGUGCUGUCUUCAGAGCUGGCUGCCUGGCCAGCAGCUGCCACUCUCCACUCUGCCUUCAGAGCUGGAAAGUCAAAGAGCGGCAGCUGCUGGCCAGGUGCUGGUGUGGGGGAGGUCAAGUAAAUUACAAUAGACACAAAGAAGGGGGGUGCGAUCAAGUUUGAGAACGAAUGCUUUAGGACAUUUCCUCUAGCCCAGGUAUAGUGUGGUACAUUCAUCAUGGUGUAUCUCCAACAAAGAAGUUAACGGAGUUACUAUUGGGAUUAAUCAGCCCAGUAUGUCAGUAUGUACUGCUGCAGCAAACCCCAUCAUAUAAGUGCUGAGACACCAUGUUGAUAGGUGCCUUAAAAAAAGACACUACCACAUUUCAAAAAUUAUCACAGUGCUUUAUUCCCAGGGGCUUAUUAUAAUGAGAAGAAGCCUCUGUUAUGGUCAUCUUUGCAUUAGCCAGUGUGGCCUGGAUGGGAAUCCACUACUUCUCUUAAUAGACUGGAAGGACCGCUGUUAAGCAAUGAAAGCUGUAUUUCUUCCUUGAACACCACUCUUAAUCUAUCCUGGGGGGAGGAGCAUAAUACCUGCUAUCAAAGUUGUGUUUCUCCCAUAGCAGUGCACAGCAGUCAUUCCUACAGACAGACAGCUCUAGCAUGAUCCCAGAGUGUACACAAGUAACAAACAGACACAGUACAUUGUGAUGAGCUGCGUGAUCUUGAGAAUAUACUGCAGAAAUAACUAGUUGUGUAGGUAGAACACACAUAAACAAUAUUCUUUCCACAUUGAAUGUGUGUUCGCAUGAACACACCAGUAUUUACAUGUAUAGUAUGCUGUAUUUUCACUAACAGACAACAAUAAAGUGUUUUGAUUUUUU